GUGGAAGGAAGAAGGGCCCAAGCGAUUCCUCCGUGCGGACGUUGGAACGCCGAGAAUAACAACAGGGGUGUGAGUCUGGUUUACAUGGAGGGCUGCUGACACUCGGCGUCCAUGGAGCCCCAUGAGGAGAAGCCCAUAAUCUACACUAUGGAGAAUAAGCCCAUCGUCACGUGUGCUGGUGACCAGGCUUUAUUCACAUCACUGUACAAUUCACUGACCCAGCAGCUGCCCCGUGAGCCCAUGGAGUGGAGGAGGUCAUAUGGCCGGGCGCCAAAGAUGAUUCACCUAGAGGCCAACUUUGUUCAGUUUAAAGAGGAACUGCUUCCUAAGGAGGGGAACAGAGCUCUGCUCACCUUUCCAUUCCUGCACAUAUACUGGACUGACUGCUGCGACACGGAGGUGUACAAGGCCUCUGUGAAGGAGGACAUCGUGCGGUGGCAGAGCCUCCUUCGGCUCCACAGCACGACAGACUGGCUCAUUGUGGUGGUGGAGAGCGACACUAAGAAGAAGAACAAGACCAAUAUCCUGCCACGCACCUCCAUUGUGGACAAAAUUCGCAAUGACUUCUGCAACAAGCAGAGCGACAGGUGCGUCAUUCUGUCGGACCCCCUGAAGGACUCGUCCCGCUCGCAGGAGUCGUGGAGCUCCUUCCUGACAAAGCUGCGCACGCUGCUGCUCAUGUCUUUCACCAAGAACCUGGGCAGGUUUGAGGAUGACAUGCGCACGCUGCGGGAGAAGCGCACCGAGCCUGGCUGGAGCUUCUGCGACUAUUUCAUGGUGCAGGAGGAGCUUGCCUUCGUCUUUGAGAUGCUGCAGCAGUUUGAAGACGCCCUGGUGCAGUACGACGAGCUGGACGCUCUCUUCACACAGUAUGUCCUCAACUUCGGUGCUGGAGACGGAGCCAACUGGCUGUGCUCGUUCUGCCAGCCGCUGCGCAGCUGGAAUGGGCUGCUGCUGCGCAGACCCAUCGACAUGGAGAAGCGCGAGCUGAUUCAGCACGGCCAGGCGAGCCUGCUGGACCUGCGCAGCUACCUGUUCUCGCGCCAGUGCACACUGCUCAUCUUUCUGCUCCGGCCCUGGGAGGUGACACAGCGUGCCCUCGAGUUGUUGCACAACUGCGUACAAGAGCUGCGUCUGCUUGAGGUGUCUGUCCCGCCUGGGGCGCUUGACUGCUGGGUGUUCCUCAGCUGCCUGGAGGUGUUGCAGAGGAUCGAGGGCUGCUGUGACCGGGCACAGCUGGAGGCCAACUGCUCGCACACGGUGGGCCUGUGGACCUACGCUACAGAGAAGCUAAAGAGUCUUGGCUCCCUGUGUGGUCUUGUGUCUGAAAAUGGACCCAAUUCUGAGGACCUGAACAGGACCGUGGACCUGCUCGCUGGGCUUGGAGCGGAGAGACCUGAAACAGCCAACAGUCUGCAGAGUCCGUACAAGAAGCUGAAAGAGGCCUUGUCGUCGGUGGAAGCCUUUGAAAAGCACUACUUGGAGCUGUCUCACGCUGCCAUGGAGAUGUACAGGGCCAUUGGCAGGAUGCGCUCUGCCAGGCUCGUGGGGAAGAGUUUGGCUGAGUUCUACAUGAGGAAGGGUGACCCCCAGAGGGCUGAGGCUUUUCUGCAGGAAUCCCUGAAGAGCUACCUGGCAGAGGGCUGGGCGCUACCUGUCGCCCACACCCGCAAGCAGAUUGCCGAGUGCCAGAAGCAGCUGGGCCAAACCGACGAGACCAGGUACCUGCAGACUAGUGCUCUGCUGGCCAGUGACACCCACUUGACGGACAUGGAGCGGAAGCACUUCUGCCAGGAGAUCCUGAGCUUCGCAGGGCAGACUGCUGAGGGCCACGCUCAGAAGGUGGUGCUGAGCAUGAACGCGUUUGCACAGCUUCGGCAGCUGCAGUUCAGACCAGCAACAGCAGUGGUGCAUGUUGGCGCCGCCCUGGAACUCGAGCUGAGUCUGCGCAGCCUGAUGCCCGUGCCUGUGCGCCUAGAGCAGCUGGCAGUCAGCGUGCACUUCAGCCUGGAGAAGGGUGGUGCCCGGGGGAGGGCGGGGCCUGGAGGUGGAGCUGGGAAUCGUGGGAGGGUGGGACAAGGGCAGGGUAGUCCUUGUGGCACGGUGCUGUUCCCUGGAGAGAGCCCACCUGGGGCGCUCCCUCGCAGCCAGCCCCCUGCGCUAGAGCUGUACGAGAUCCAGGACCGCAGCCCGUCGGACGGAGCGCUCAACUCGGCAGGCGUCGUCUGCAAGAACGUUCACCUGCUGCUGCGGCGUCAGGACAGCUCUGCCUCCCUGGACACACCCAGCUCAACCGCCGUUGCCGUGGAGGACGGGGCCCAGCUGCUAAAGACGCACGACGUCUCCUUGUUGCCUGGCAACAACAACAUCCUUUUCACUGCUCCCAGUCGAGAGCCGGGCACAUACACCCUCCGACAGCUGUGUGCUACGGUGGGUCGCAUCCAGUUUGUCCUGCCACACAUCUACCCCAUUGUGCAGUAUGAGGUGUACUCCCAGGAGCCCCAGCUCAGCGUGGAGCCCCUUGCAGACAACCUGCUGGCUGGCCUCCCACAGAGGGUGAAGUUCAUCAUCGUCACUGGCCACUACAGCAUCAAGCGGGGCGAUGCCCUACAGCUCAGCAACUCGGACGCCAUGCCCAUCCUGUCGUCAUCUGGCUGCGUGGCCCGCGUGCUCUCCAGUGACAGCGAACUCGUGGCCGAAACAACCCUCUCCAUGCAGUCCUCGGAGAAGGUGACCAGCGUCUCGCUCCCACUGGCACCGCCCUAUCACAGCGUGGAGUUCCAGCUUGAGGUGCAGUGUCACAUCCCGGCAGGACCAGUACGACCCGAGAGCGAGCGUCUCACCAAUGGAGAGCCGUGGCACCGUGCCCGCAGUCGUCAGCGCACCAGUAGCGGCAUGUCAGUCGUGGACCAGAAGAUCUCCAUAGACUGUCCCUGGUCCAUUUACUCCACUCUUGUGGCGUUGACUUUCUACAUCCCCUUCAAGGCCAAGCACUUGCUGCUAUCUUCAGGAAAGAGGAAGUACAUCCAGGUGUGUUUGCAGAAUGUUUCGGACAUGAACUUCCACGUGUCCGAUCAGCAGCUAGCGGAGCGGCAGCAGUCAUCUUCGCUAUGGCUGCAGUCCCUCAAUGCCAAAGCAAAGCAGCUGGUCCACAGCAAACAGUCGGUCUUCUGCCUCUGGGAGGUGAAGUGGACCUGCGAGCCGCCAGCCAGCCUCCAGUGUGUGUUCUCAAUCAACUUCUGUCCAGCUGAUGCCCAGCGUUCGGUCUUCACACCAUAUUACUAUGAGUUCCAGCUGGACAACGUGUCUACGCUGUACAGCCUUUCGGCCGAUAUCCAGCCGGCGCCUGGAGAGCAGCAGUGCCGUACCGGCACCCUCUGUGGCUUGGAGGUCUCCAUCGUGCGGCUGGCGGAGCCGAGCGACUCGGAGCAGCAGGACGAGGGCCCCGUGGAGACUGGCGGCUUCUGCACCACCAAGCUCAUGUAUGAAGUUGUUGACAACAGCAGUAACUGGGCCGUGUGUGGAAAGAGCUCCGGUAUCGUCUCCAUGCCCGUUGCGGCCAACGCCACACACAAGGUGCGCAUGGAGGUGAUGCCUCUGUUCGCCGGCCAUCUGCCCUUCCCCAGCAUCAAGGUGUUAAAGUACCUGCCCCACAAUGCCCCGUCCACCAUCCCACCGGACACAGACGGCUGUGUUGAGAACGACAAUAUCUCCCUGCUGGACAAAGGCCUGGACGACCAGGCAGACACGAGCAGCAUCCGCAGCCGAGGCAGCGUCCACUCCCUGGGGGGCGGCAGUGAGCAGCAGCAGCGCGGCCUUCCCAUGCCCCGCCUGGAGCCUUUCGGCCCGGGCCAGGUGUUCAACCGCAGCCAGGGAUGCCAGGUGCUGGUGCUGCCCAGCAAGGACGACCACGUGCUGGAGGUCAACCUGACGUGAUGCCCCUGUGUUGCCCGUCCACCUGCCCCUUGACCCUUGGGCCCAUUUAGCUGGCCGGGGGAGGGGCAUAGGGGGCCGUGCUGGGGCCCUGCGGGCGGAUCUUCCCUCCGGACUCGCGGGACGGGCUCCGGACGUUUGCCCAGACCCAGCCAAUCAUAGACAUUGCUGACGCCUGAGAUUGCAUCUGCUGUUCACCUUUUUUCCUGUGGAUUUACUCUUUUCUCCUUUUUCAGACGGUACACACUGAGUACUCGGAGCCGAUUGGCUCCCUCGCCCCGUCGGUCACGAGGAAGGUGGGCUAUCCCGCCCUCUUCUCCUCCUACUGGCUCUGUCUCCUCUGUGCAGUUCCACGACGCCCUGCUGUACAAAACACUUAGAGGAAUGUGUUCCUUUUGAGAUUCUGUGUGUGUGUGAUUGGGUUGCGGUUCAUGCUGGACAACGCCCCUCUUCAUUAGCUAUCUGGUUCAGGAGGUGCAGGAUUUUCUGGAAUGGAGACAAUCAGGAGAACCUGUCCUGAACUGCACUGUGUGCUGCCCCCUCCCCCCAUCAUCACCCAGAUGCCUCCUCUGACCUGGCCUGCUGUCAUCACCUGUGCAGUGUAACCCCACCCCAGCCCAUCCCCAGUGUACAUACUGUUAUAUAAAUAGAUAUUAUUUAAAGAGCUGAGAAGAUGAAUCGCUGUACUGUGUAAAUUUCGGUUGUACCAAAAAGGACAAUAUUGCUGAGACGGGAAAGGGGUUAAAUAAUCAUGUGAUUUUUUUUUUUUUUUUUUUCUUCUCCUUUCCCCUCCUCUUUCUCCCCCUCCCUUGUUUGUUCUGUAGAAACCCUUCAGAUGUUCAGGUUCUCCUUAUUUAAUUUUUUAUUUUUUUGAGAAUGUAUCUUGCCUUAUAGCUUGUCUUAAUUUUACAGUAGUAAAAAAGACAGUAUUUUGGUAGGGUUUUUUUUUUUUUUUUUUUUCUUGCUGAGACAAAGGCAAGGCCAAAAGUUCAGAGAGAGAGAGAAUCAGUCAUUGUCUUAUUGUCUCUUCUGACUCAGCUGAAGUGUUGGUGUUAAUGGGCACCUUUAUAUCUGUGUGUGUGUCUCUCCAAUGUGACAACAUACCUGAUGGUCCUCUGUUUGUUCUUCCUGACAAUGCUGUGUUCACUUCAGGGGUCUAGAAUCAUUACAGAUUGAUGGUCAGUCUGCUGUUGCCCUUCUGUGUGUAUGUUGCCAUCAUGAUGUGGGGAAGACUACUGAACUUCACGGCGCUUUUCCUAUCAUCCAUCACUUGAGUAUUUUUCUUUCAUUCCCCCCCGUUCUAAUCCAGCUCUUCAUAAAGAGGCAGACGGUCGAUGGCCCAGUGCUCCUCAGCAACGAUCGCUGUGCCCUCCAUCUCUACUCAUCUCACUCACAUCUUGUUCUUUUUCCUCACGUGCUGUUUAUGUUAAAUGGGUCUGAAACUGGAUGAUUCUUUAAAGAUUAAAAGAAAAAAAACAAAUAUGAAUCAUGAAAACUAAGUGCUUUCUGAACUAUGCUACUCUUCUGCGUUUCUUGGUUCUGGACAGUUUUUGUAGAUACUUAUUUUAUUAGGAGUUCAGUUUCAGCUGGAGGCCAGAGAAGAGAGGCGCCGCCCCGGGGACAUGGCAGGAACACCUGGGAAUUACGACUGACAUGAUUUCCUCCCUCCCCCCCUCUGUUUUGGGAAUGGGAUCGAGGAGGGAGAGCAAAGAAAAUCAUAUUUUCACAUUGUUUUUUUGUAAAUUUAGUCCAUUAGAU